GCUCUUCUAAAAAAGGUUUUGAGUGUGAAACUAGACUGCCAAAUUUGCCUGUUGGAGUAACGGAUUAUUUUAUGCAAUAUGACAAUCCAUAAAUUGGUGUCGUUACUUUUAAUACAUUUAAUAGUGAUUUUCUAACAACGCUACGAAUUAGAGGGCUUCCGGAGCAGUAAGUGAAUUCAGAUUACAUUUAUCUGUGCUAUUGGGUCCCCCCACCCCAAAAAACGUCUCCAUUUGGUGUCUUUUCAGCUUCCCUACUAUUUCUGCACAGGCUAUGACGUCCCACCGACGUCAUCUUUUAAACCAGCACUCGCGAGACUUACUCUUUCCAAAAUGUCUGCUUCCUGAUUUCACGUGUACAUGUUUCAGAAAACUGCUUAUUCUCGUGUUUUAACACCCUCGCUUUAUUAAAACAGCAGCACCGAAAGUUGACAUUUCACGCCGAGAGGCAAAAUGCAGCACGACGAUGUAAUUUGGGAUAUUAUUGGAAACAAACAGUUCUGUUCCUUCAAAGUCAAAACCAAGUCGCAGAAUUUUUGCCGAAAUGAAUACAACAUCACAGGCCUCUGUAAUCGCUCCUCCUGCCCUCUGUCAAACAGUCAGUACGCCACUAUCCGGGAAGAAAAGGGCCAGUGUUUCCUUUAUAUGAAGGUGAUUGAGAGAGCAGCAUUCCCGGCUCGAAUGUGGGAGAAGGUAAAACUGAGCAAGAAUUACGAGAAGGCGCUGGAACAGAUUGACGAAAACCUCAUCUACUGGCCACGUUUCAUUCGACACAAAUGUAAACAGCGUUUUACCAAGAUCACGCAGUAUCUCAUCCGAAUCCGCAAACUCACCCUCAAACGGCAGAGAAAACUUGUUCCACUCAGCAAAAAAGUGGAGAGGAGGGAGAAGAGGAGAGAGGAGAAAGCCCUUAUUGCUGCCCAGUUGGAUAAUGCAAUAGAGAAGGAGUUACUGGAAAGACUGAAACAAGGAACAUAUGGUGAUAUCUAUAAUUUCCCAGUCCAUGCUUUUGAUAAAGCCCUUGAGCAACAGGAUGCAGAGAGUGAGACUGACUCCUCGGAGGGAGAGGAGGAGGAAGAGGAAGAAGAUGAUAAGGAUGUUGGGAAGAGAGAAUAUGUGGCAGAUGACGAAGUAGAAGAAAGUGACCUGAGUGAUUUUGAGGACAUGAACAACCUUAAGGGCAGCAGUGAGGAGGAGGAGGAAGAGGAGUCAAGUGAAGAGGAAGAGUCCGAGAUGGAACUGGAAGAGGAGGCAGAGGGAACAUCUUCUGCCAGUAAGAAGUCAAAGGGCAAGAUGCCACUUAAAGGACCAUUCAGAAGGAAACGGGCCUAUGUUGAGAUAGAGUAUGAGAAAGAGACUGAGCCAGCAGCCAAAGAGAAAGCCACAUAAACCUACAGACUCAACAACAGGUCACCAGAAAGACUGGAGGAAUUCCGAAUUUCCUCUGAGCAACACAAUCCUUCAUUGCUGGUUUCUUUGUGCACAUUAUGUUUUUAAGACCUUUGAAGUGCUUUCAUGAAAUAACGAUACCUGUGUUGUGCUACAUCACUUAAGAAAUUGACAUAAUAUUUCCGUGUUCAGAAUCUUGAAUCUUGAAUCUAGUUUUUCUGCACAUGCAUCUAAAGUCGGAUUCAAAUGUCUGGACUGCAUUAGCCAAGUGGCUGAUUGUUCUCUGUAUCGAUAUGUUGGAUAUCCUCAUAAAACAUUUUUUUAAAAAAAAAUCAGUAUUAGUAUACAUUUACUGGGGGCUGGGUUUAUACACAUGCAUUUUCUAUACACAAGUAAAUUUUAUAGAAUCUUAAAAGUAAAACAUCACUUAGACAUAUGUAAAUUUGGGUACUUCCCCCUGUUUAAUUCUAAUUUCAAAACAUUUACACAAGCUUGCCUUGUGUGCAACAUUUAAUAUGAGCGACAGUCUUUAGAAAAGACAUUUAAAAUAUUAGCAAAUUCAAAAAAAGUAACUAUUCUUGGAACUUCAAAAACAACUAUAGUAAAUUUCUUUCAGUGUAGAGGCAAUUUUUCUGUGUUAAAAUAAGAAUUAUGGGAAUGGGUGGCUGUCCUUUCCAAAACAAAUGCAGUCCUCUAGUAAUGUUGUAUUUUCCCUCAACGUACAGAGCUGAUUUUUUACUUAAGUUCCAAAGAAACAAAAGCUACAUGAACUGGAUAUAAUCAUGCCACUGUAAUUUUGAUCACAUCCUUGGAUUCCUCUGAUAUUAGUUUUAUUUCUUUUUAAAAAGACCAGGAAUGUUCUGAUACAGGCCAUUACAUUACAUUGAGUAGGCAAACCACCCAGAUUUCAUCCUACAAAUAACAUUCACAGUAGAGACCACUGUGUUAAAGCUUUGUUGAUUUUAAGCAUCAAGGGGGGCUUAUUUUAUAAUUCCUCAUUUUCAUUUUGAAAAUGCAGAAUGGAUAAAUGAAACAUUUCAAUGUAAAAUUCAAAAAUCACUUUAAUCUUCAAAAAUAAGAAAAGAUAUUUCAAAUUUACAAUACUUUUAUUAACCAUGCUGGAAGCAACAUUACAGUGGCUUAAAACAUAUUCAGUUAAAACUCAAUAAGCUGAGUCCCAUUGGUGAAACACAAGAUGGUAUGUAAAUGUUUUAUAAACAAUAAACAGCCCUUUCAAAUGUCAAA